AUGCAUAUUGCGGGCUCUUUAGCGCUAGUGCUGCUCGGCACCUCGCGCGGCGUGUGGGGUGCUCGGUUUUUUCCCUGGCGCCGUGACGUGGACGACGCGGCGAAGAUCGAGGUCAACGCGCCGCCGAGAUACAUCGUCGAGCUGACGUCGCGGGCCCUGAAAGCCCGCGUUGUAGAGAAGGUCGCGGGGCUAUCGGGGCUCCGCAUCGUCAAGGAAUUCGACUCUGACCUCUUCCCGGGCGUAAGCAUCGAAUGCGACAGCAAUUACGACGCUGGCUCGCUGAAAGACGCCCUGGACGAGCAAAACGGUGACCCCAUUGUUGCUUCGGUGUACAAGUCGACCAUCGUACGCCUCCUGCCGCCUCUCCUUGAGGGCGAGUCUUUCGCCGACGAUGCUGCUGCGCUGAACUACUCCGUGCACCACUCAACGGGAGUCGAGAAACUCCACGAAGCCGGCAUCGUUGGAGAGGGGGCAACGAUCGCGAUUGUCGAUAGCGGCGUCCAGUACACCCAUCCAGCGCUAGGUGAAGGCAUUGGCCCGGGCUACACUGUCAUAGGCGGCUAUGACCUUGUUGGUGAUGGAUGGCCCAAUCAACCGGCGACGCCGGACGACGACCCCAUGGACAAAUAUGGUCAUGGGACACACGUUGCCGGAAUCAUCGCUGGCAAAAGUGACCAAUUCGUCGGGGUCGCCCCUAGCGCCAAGAUCCUCUCUUUCAAAGUCUUCGGAAGUGGUGGGUAUUCGAACGAGGAAACCGUUAUAGAGGGGUUUCUGAAGGCCUUUGAGUCAGGCGCCGACAUCAUAACUGCCAGCGUCGGAGAGAGCGAUGGGUUCACCUCUAACGCCUGGGCCGUGCUGGCUUCGAGGAUGGUCGAGCAAGGCGUAGUCGUCACCAUCGCCGCCGGAAACGCAGGCGAGGAUGGCCCUUUUCUUGCCAGCAACGGCGCGUCGGGCAAGAAUGUCAUCACCGUCGGCGCUGCCGAACCCGGAGCAUUCCCUGCGCAAGCUUUCUCGGCGGAUUUUAGCCUAGACGGCGAGACGACUAAGACUCGGAUCGCUUACAUCCCAGAUUCCGGCUUCUUUCCUGACACCAUCAUAGGCUGGCCCGUCAGGCCCGUAACGCUCAAUUCUUCUGUCCAAAAUGACGCCUGUGAGCCGCUGCCGGCGGAUACACCCAGCUUCAGGGGAACCGUUGCUCUUGCGAGAUGGGGCGGCUGCGACAUCACCGUCAAGCAUACUAACAUCGCCGCGUUCGGUGCCGAGUACAUCUUAUUCUACAACGACGAUGGCCCUUACAAGGCGCCCUACACUAACAACAAGACUGGUCGCAUCGGCGCAAUCGAAUCCGGCGCGGGCGAGGCCAUCGUCGGAGAGAUCCUGGCUGGCGGCGCCGUCACCGCCUCCUUUGACAUCGAUACCGCGCACUACGUCGGCUUGCGCAACGCCGGUGGUGGUCGCCCGGCUCGGUACACGUCGUGGGGAUCGACAUACGACCUUGCGCUUAAGCCUGACAUCGUCGCACCCGGCACUAAGAUCCUAUCCACCUUCCCGACGGACGAGUACCGCGUGCUGAGCGGUUCGAGCAUGGCGACGCCCUACGUCGCUGGCGUAGCUGCGCUGUGGGUCGGCCAAUUUGGAGGACGAGCAGCGCACGCUAACGACCCAGCGUGGGCAAAGCGGCUGACGGCACGCAUCAUGGGCACAGCGCGGGCGGUGCCGUGGGCGGACUGGGCGACGACGGCGAAUGAGUACGGGUUCUGGGCGCCGUCGACGCAGGUAGGAGCUGGGUUGGUAGACGCGGAGCGUGUGUUGGGUUAUACCACGGAGCUCGGAUUUGCGGGGCGGAAGUUCGAGCUCAACGACACCGCCCACUUCGUGGAGACGCAAGUCGUAGAUAUCACGAACAGCGGCAGGGACCCUGUCGCAUAUACCUUCGCGCUCCAGGACGCCGGCGGUUACAAUGCUUGGGAGCCCGUCGUGCCCGACCAUCCGCAGUCAUUCGUACCCUCGGUCAAACUCUACCCGUACAUCGAUCCCGCGAAAAUGACACCCAAGGUAGCGUUUCCUGAAGGGGAGUUCGUCGUGGGGCCUGGCGAGACCAAGACGGCCGAGUUCACUUUUCGGAUACCAGCAGGGUUGAACACAAGCAGCCUACCUGUAUAUAGCGGUAAGGUCUUGAUAAGCGGGGACAACGGCGAAGAGCUAGGCGUCCCCUACUUCGGUGUCGCCUGCGAUCUUAACCAGACCAUCACCAACGUUUGGGACUACGGGUGGAGCUUCCCAUUCCUAACCUCCGGCGUCUUUAACGAUAGAAUCGAACAGAAGUCGAAUUUCACCUUUGACCUGUCUCGAGAGGCACAGGAUUUCGCCAAACUCAACACGCGGUUCGCCUGGGGCACGGAAGAACUCCGUUGGGACAUAUUCGAGAGCGACUACGCCGAAGCAGAUUGGACGUACCCACCCGUGGUCGGCCAAGACAAGUACCUUGGGUCGGCUACCAGCUGGUCCCACACGGAUAGAACAGCCUGGUUCGAGCCUGGCCAGGAUAGUGAGGACGACAUCUUCCCGUUCCCAAUCUACGGCCAGCCGCGCAGCAAACGGGGCCUAUACUUUUGGCUGGGUCGCUUCGCCAACGGCUCAAGCAUUCAGCCCGGAUCGUACAGGUUCCGGAUCGCCGCCCUUCGGCCCUUCGGCGAUCGUCAGGUCUCAUACGACUGGGACAUCUGGGAGACGCCCGAGAUCACGGUCCUACCAAAAUAA